UAACGCGGAAGAGCGCUUGAAAAAUUUGCUAGGAUUAGCGUGCGGUUUCUUUUUUUUUGUGUGAGAAAUAUAAAACAACUGAUGAAAUUGUUAUUUGAAAUAAAAGUGCAGCUGUGCACUUCUGAAUGUAGAUAAUUUGUAUUAAUGUCAUAAUAGCAACAUUUUUACAGGGGACAGAACUAGCCUUAAUGUCGCAAAAUUCAGCGUCUUCCUGCUGCAAAUUACACUUACGGCUUCCCUUUCCGGCUUCCGUCCUGAGGUUUCUGGGUAACUAGGACCAAGUUACCUAGGAACGAAAUGUCUCAGAGGGAACUUAAAGAGGCAUUUGUCAGCAACCUGAAUGGGACCAGCCUGGCUGAGAUCUCACUGGGAUCUGUGCUUGCUCCACUGUGUCUCAUCAGCAGAGGACUGCUUUUGAUUGUGUAUCACCUCAACAAAGGGGUUCUUCCGCUUUCUGGGAAUCUGCACCUUCUUAUGGACUUUGCCGUUCUGAUUCUGCCCCUUGUCCUGUCGUGCACAAUACUGAGUGAUGUCCUCCUCCUCGUCAUUAUGAGCCUGGCAGCAAUUAAUGCCAGUUUAGUGUUCUAUGUUUACUACAACAAAAAGCAGAAUGCUCGCACACCCUUCUGUGAUGUCAUGAAGAAUUUCUUGCAAGUCAAGUUGAAGGCCCAUCCCAUCCCUUUUGUGACUUCCUUCCGAGUUCUCGUCAAUGUGAAAACUGCUAUUAGUAUUCUUGCGGUGGACUUCAGCGUGUUUCCCAGACGUUACGCAAAAACCGAAACCUACGGCACAGGGGUCAUGGAUUUUGGCGUGGGAGCCUACAUUUUUGCAAAUUCUCUGGUUUGUCCAGAAGCACGGGGAAAGGAUGCACGGACGUCUAAUUUCGGCUACGUGUUCAAGCAAGCGUCAUCUGUUUGGCCUUUGUUUUUGCUUGGAAUGGCAAGGUUGAUCAGUGUCAAAGCAACAGGUUACCAUGAGCAUGUCUCAGAGUAUGGAGUGCACUGGAAUUUCUUUUUUACACUGGCUAUAGUCCGAGUGGUCGCCUCUGUGUUUCUGGCUAUAUUCCCAGUAAACAAGUCAUGGAUCUUGGCAGUUAUUAUUGGCGGACUUUAUCAGUUCACUCUUGAAACAACUGAACUGAAGUCAUUCAUUAUUCAAGAAAGUGACAGAACUGUUGGAUUCUUACAUGCCAACAAAGAGGGUGUAUUUUCAGUUAUAGGUUACAUAGCUAUUUAUAUGGCUGGAGUUCAGGUGGGCCUUUAUGUGAUGCAAAUAAGAACAGUGGUUAGAGACUGGAUCGGAGUGACAUGUAACCUUCUUCUAGCAAGUUUUAUUUUAUUUGCAACGCUGUAUGUUUGUCAAACCUUUGUAGAACCGGUCUCUCGCAGGAUGGCGAAUCUUUCAUUCUGUGUUUGGACCAUAGCCCAGUCUCUGUUUUUCCUUUCCUGUAUGAGCAUUGCUGAUCUUACAGUUGCUUUUUCCAAAAAGGUAUCAAAUUGUGCGCUGGUACCCUCCUCGUGGAACCCAGAGAUCUCUGCCAAUUCUCAAAACUUAGCCAAUGACAGAAAAGUGAAGAAGGAAACUGGGGGACUUUGUCUCAUUCAAGCUGUGAACAGAAAUCAGCUAUUAUUUUUCAUGUUGGCAAAUGUUGUGACGGGUGUGACCAAUGUACUAGUAAAUACAGUCAGUAGCAGUGAUUUAGUGUCAGUUUGUGUACUUAUUUUAUACAUGUUUGUAAAUUGUUGUAUCAUAUAUAUUUUACACCGUAGAGAAAUUUCUGUGAAGUUCUGGUAACACUAUAAUAAUGCAAUGAGAAGUGUGCAAAUGAUGUGAGUCUAAAUAAUUUUCAACCGCAUGGGUCAUGUAAUAAACAAUUCUGU